GACACCUAUGAUUUACGACACAGUCCAGGAACUCCGCAAAAAUUUGUAGCAAAGGAUAAGCUAGAAAGCAGCGAUGAGGAGGAAAUAUUUCGGUUUUGCAGAACUCUGCAGCUGUUUAGAAGCUGGCAGUCAUUGCAGCCUAAGUGUUCAAGGGUACAUAUGGCGUUUUAUCUGACGUUUUCGAUGUAACCUCGUUGUAGUUUACCCAAAACAUAUUUACCUUGUCUGAGCAAUUUCGUGCGAGUUCACAGGCCGGGGCGGAAUCCCCGCAGACAGUUGAACUCAGCCUGAGAUCGAAUUACCGGAUUUAGAUACGGCCUUAGUGAAGAUAUCUGAAGCUCAGUUCUAACAGAGCUGGAUAAUGCUAAACGUUGCCGGCUGAACUGGUACAGAUUGGUGAUUUCAAGCAGACGCCACCAUGACAAUGUCAAGAGGAAGUGUUCGACCCCCACCCGUUUGUGCAGAUUGUUCAGCUCCAGAUCCUACAUGGGCAUCAAUCAACCGGGGGGUGUUGAUAUGUGAUGAGUGCUGCAGUGUUCACCGCAGUCUUGGUCGACAUAUAUCUAUGGUGAAGUCCCUCAAGAAAGGGCAAUGGUGUCCUAGUCAGCAUACUAUGGUAUAUUUGCUUGCUACAAAUGGUGCCAACAACAUUUGGGAACACACUUUGCUUGAUCCAUCUCAAAACAGACAUGGACGACGCAAGCCAGGAGCCAGGGAUCCAUUGCAUCCAAACAAAUCGGAUUUCAUUCGUGCCAAAUAUCAGUUUCUUUCCUUUGUCAACAAACAAAAAGACAGUGAUGCGAGCUCUCUGGAUGAUGUCAGUAAGGAGCUUCAUUCAAGCGUCCGAACAAAUAAUGUUGAAACUUGUCUUCGUCUUCUCUCUAAAGGGGCCAAUCCAAAUUAUUUUCACAGGGAGAAAGGCAAUUGUCCAAUGCAUGUGGCAGCUCAGGCAGGACAGACAGCACAGGUUGAGCUGCUUGCUGUUUAUGGGGCUGACCCUGGGGCAAGAGAUGCCAAUGGUCGAACUCCUAUUGAUUACGCAAAGGCCGAGGGCUAUACAGAUUUAGCUGACAGGUUGCUGGAACUCCAGUAUGAACUGACAGAUCGCCUUACUUUCUACAUCUGUGGCAGAAAACCAGAUCACAGAAGUGGACAGCAUUUCAAGAUUCCUGAACUUGGAGAUACAAACACAGACCUCUCAGAGUUGGCCAAACAGGCAAAGAAGAAGCUGCAGGAUCUUCCAAAUCACUUGUUUGAGGAGCUGGCUAUGGAUGUGUACGAUGAGGUGGACAGACGAGAGAAUGACUCCAUAUGGUUAUCAACCCAUGACCACACUUCCAUUGUAAGUGAGAGACUGACUGUGCCCCAUUUACCAGUAAAUCCAGAGCUUUCUACAACACGCAAUCAGGGAAGGCAAAAGCUAGCCCGAUUCAACGCACGGGAAUUUGCCACUCUAGUGUUUGACAUUCUGAAUGAUGCACGUAGAAGACAAACAGGAAUCAUGUCACCAAUACAGACGCCAAAGGAACCAGACAAGCUGGCAGGAAUGACACUUCUACAGCGACCCAUUUCAAAAACUGUCAGUGCGCUAAGUGAUGACGAGCCCCUGUAUGACAGUGUGGCUUCUGAUGAAGACUACAGCAGUAUUGACACACAGAGUAUGCGUAGUAUUAACAUGGAGAUGAAGGGUGACAUCACAGCCGAGAGCAUGGUGCCAGAUCAUAUGGAAGGACCUGUCACAACAGAAGAGUUCAUGUCAGUGCGACGAGCGCUGGCUGAAUCACAGGCCAAGAUACAGCAGCUGGUGCAGGUCAAGUCAGACUUGGAGAAGCAUUUGUCAGAAAUGCACAACAAGAUGGAAUCACUUAUCAUGGAGAACAAGACUCUGCGCAAUCACCGAUCAAGUGCUGCACAAGAAAAUCACCUCCCCAACGGUCUGGACUCUGAGCAGCUGGACUUAGAUUCGGAUAUGAACCACGUACGACAACAAUCUCGUCGACCUGGCAGGCCUUCCUCCAUGAUAGAGAUGAGGGAUUCCAGCAGGCAUUUUGUUCACUCUAUUCCUGGGUCUGGUGGCCAAAUGUCAGCUGCAUUAUCAGUCUCUAGCAUCCCAUUUUCUGGUCCAGGACAGGGCUUGUCAGUAAAGGAGGUGGAAGAACCUGAUGGUGUGUAUGACACCCCAAGUGGCAUUCCUGUUUCACAGGCUCCAUAUGACCCAGAAAGUGACAGACGUGUUCAGGAGGUACUCUCAGCCAUAAGAGAAUCGUCAGAAAGCGAAGGUCGUGAUUCUGUGUCAUCACAAGGUGCAACUGGAGAUCUCAGUGAUGAUCCAACAAUGCCCACUCAGGCUGAGGUGGUGAAGAAAACUGAAAAAGUGACCAAAAAAAUUCAGGAACUAUUGCAGACAGCUCAGCAAUUGCAGAGUGCACAAGAAGGGAACCACAACAGUUUUGCACCGUGCUCGGAAAGGAUAUAUGUGGCCGUAACUGAUAUGGCUGCUCUAUUUCCAAAAAGGAUUGAGUCGCGGCGGGUGCAAGAAGCCCUGAACCAGUUGACCACCAGUGCUCUUAGGCUCAGGGAUGAAUGCAAGGACUGGCCUCCCACACCUGAAGAAGAACCUCACCCAGACUUCCGCCUGAAGACUCAGCAGGUCAUUCAGUAUGCAUACGACAUCGCCAAGGCUGCCAAAAAUUUGGUGACACUUUUCCAGUGACAUGGCACUGGAGAGGUAGGCUCACUGAAGAAACCUGAUAUGAUUCAGUAUUGAAAGGAAGGGAAUGUGACCCCACAACCACCCCCAUACCCCACUCCAGUGUCAAUUGUUGGGUUGGUUCCUGUGCUUGGUUUUUGAAGGAUAUCAGAUUUUGGUAGUUCUGUGGUUUCCUGGCACAGACAAUUUUCAAAAUGAUUCAAAGGGAAAAGAAACUGGUAGACCUGAUGUUCUCUUCAUUGGUUGAUACAAAGCAAGAUUUUUCAGGACAGAUCCAGACAUUGCUUCACUUGUUGUUUUCCACUGUCUUCUGAUACUCUGUUCUAUGGACAGCCAGCACUGUUAUACAUUUCUGAUGGGCCUGGAUGCAGAAAGAAUCAUCAGAAUGGAUGGUCAGGAUGCUCAAGAGGAAACCUCAGGAGAAAUUACUGAACCAUUCAAAAAAAAAAGUGUGUGUGAAGAGUUUAGCAUACACACAAUACAAGUUAGUGUCCAUUUGUGAAAAGGUUUUAUCUGAAUAUAGCCCUUAAUUGCAAAAUCAUUGACAGCAGCUGACAGAUGGAAGCUGGAGAGUUAAAUUAAUGGUUUAUUCUUGAUAGUGAAUUGGAAAUUAUGAUUGUGCUUUUCCCGACUUUGGUUAAUUGACUGCCAGAUUGAUACUCAGGUUCUGCUGGCAGAAUGAUUUCUGUGUCCCCCACUGUAGAGUAUUGACUUAUAGCCUGGACAAUCAGGUAAACGUGGAACAUUCUCCAGCAGGUCAGUGACAAGUGUGGAAAUGACUAUGGAAGUUGCUGAGUAUGUCAUGAGGAAUAAAAAUUGUAUAUACAUUGGAUUCUCCAGUUUUAAAAAAUUAAUUAAAAAAGCUAAAUACCAGGUAAUGUCACAGACAAUGAAUUCAUGACUUCUCUGCUGAAGUUUGAUGAACAAAUGGACCUGAUGGUAAGCAGAGGGAAGACAAGCCAUUUUUGGUAAUGUUUUAAUUUAUUCUACAAGCAUAAAGACUGGAACCUGUAUUACAAGGAUCAUUUAAUACUGUCUCAUGUAAAUUUUCAAGAUAAAUUGAAAACGUAUAAUGUUCAUGCCGUUGACACUUUCAUGGACAAAAUUCUGGUAAUUGAGAAUAGUUUAAAAUGAAAUGUUUUGCAUUGUUGCAGAGGAGUCCUAAGAAAGUGAAACAUGAAAUGCAAACCGGUCUUACAAAGUGUGCAUUUAAAAAAGCUGUUAUCCAAAAUAAAUCACAUUUGAAAAACUUUACUUCAGUGACAAUGAAUCAUAUUUUACAUCCUAAAGUUGAACACAUCAUUGAUAAUAGGACUCGGCAAGUUUUGGAUGUGUUGUGAUUGAUAUUUGUUCAUACUGGUUUAUAUUUUUUCCGUUUAAAAUAAAUAUGUGGAGCUUAGAAAGUGAAAAGCCUACAUCAAGUGACACAUUUUUUCUGUUUUUCUACAUCUGUAUGCAUAUCCAACAGCACAUGCGCCGUUGCACAUGUGCAUAUGCAUCCGUAAACUCAUUUAGUGUCAUCUGUUUUGUCCCCUAAUGGGAUUUUGAAGAUUGUCAGCAUGUGCAUGCAGGUGGGUGAAAGAGUGUGUGUAUAUGUAUGUGUGUGCAUUGAUAUCUGCUUGUAUGUAGUCACAAAUAAGGUUAACAUUUUGAAGGUGUAAUUGUGUAGCAUGCAUACUAAAAUGAUAACAAUGUAUCGUUACACCAUUAGCUGCAGUAUUCAUAUAAUUGUCGUUUUGUUGCCUGUUGUCUACUUCAUCAGAACUAACAUCUGCAUGAUCUUCAAGUUUAUCAGUAUGCAGAAAGUCUACUUUGUUAUAUUUGUUUCUUUUGUUGAGUCCACUUGAACUCACUGGAUACUUGUUUACAGCAUGCUAGAGGUCACUAUUAACCUUAGGUGAUAUCCAGGGUCAACCUGCUAAUGAUUUGCAUUCACUUACAUGGUAACAAGAUUUAACUAAAGUUCUGGGGUUAAAUUCACAGGACAUUCACCAAUAAGUUUCAAUGCAGUAGGUUUCAGUGGUUCUCUUCAGAGUGAUCACUAGGAGAACUUGCACAUGCUUAGUAUAAAAAAUGCAGGGCUUGAACCCAUCUUGGUCACUGUAACAUAAAGAGGUCAAGGGUCAAGCUUAGUUUGCGGCAGGUAGAUUGUGGCAAGGAGCAUAGCCAACAGGGAACCCUUAAUGAAGCUAUAACCUGUAGACUUGAUUGACAGUUUUUAGAGCUCAUUUGACCUCAUUAUGUUUUUUGUUCUAGAGUUUUUUGGCACCAUUUCGUUUACUUACAUUGAGUUUUCCUGUUUUUGGUAUAUAGUAGGUUUUGAUGGCCAUUUUUCACUGAACGAUUUUCAUCUUUGCAGUUUUCAUAUUUUCUUUGCAGUUUUCAUAAUUUACCAAAUUUUUCUGUUUGAAUUUGUGUUGUCUUCAUUUUAGUCCUUCCUUCAGCAGAUUGUGACCAUCAUUCUUGUCCACCAGACUAAAACAAAUGUUGCCAUUAGUUGGCUUUGGGGAAGUUGUACAAAUCUGCAUCAUAGAGGGUAGAGUAUAGAUUUAACCAAUUUUGUGCCAAGAAAAAUAAUUUGUUUUAAAUGACUGCCUGGUGCCGAUUAAAAAGAAAAAAAAGACCAACCCAGUGUAAAGGGAUUGGCUUUUGUCCACUGUCAUUCUGUAAUAAGUUUCUUUUAAAAAUGUGGAAAGAACAACUAGCUGUAACUAUCAAACAGCAAGAUAAACAGUUGUGUUAUAGAACUUUUAAAAAUUUUGAGUAAAACUUUGAUAAGUUAUUAGUGAUAUUGAGUUAACAGUUUGUGCCAUUCUAGAGUGUACUAACAUAAGGUUUUAUGUAAUCAGGUGAUGAAUAUAGAGGACACAAACACUGAGAGGCAUAUUUUAGAAGAAAUAUUGCUGAGUAUUCUGAGUAUGUGCACAAGAGGACUCUCAGUAUAAAUGCAUUAGAGGGAAAAAGCUAAAAUAAGUUCUAACAAAAAUACUUUAUUGAAAUUUCUGUGACCAUGUUAGGCAUGCUGGUUAAUACAGUUCCCAGUGUAACAGACAGGUGGGAGAAUUAGAACCAAGCACCAGCUGGUGGAGAUUUUGUUGUUCAUUUUUUUUUUUUAAUUUACUUCAUUUUUCAAAUCUGCAUUUCAGUGUCAUCCUUACACGUUUUUUUCAUUCUUGUACUCCUCUUUGCUGCCUUACUAUUCUAUGGAGUGAUUUUCUUACCUGUAUUCAUUGUACAGAGACAAAUGUUCUGUACCUAAUUUGGUAGUUUUGUUGCUGCUUUUGCUUUUAGUUUCUUUACCAAAAGAAAAAAAUGUAUUUAUUCUGCCAGAUGUGCAAUCUUUGUUCAUUGACUUCAGCUGUAGCAUAUAUGCACGCCAGCGGAGAUUGAUGGAAGAAUGAAAUUCUUUUAAUUUGACAUAAUCUUUAUAGUUUUUUGUUUGCAUGAACAAGACUUACUGCAUGAUUUCCUGGCGAUUUCUCAGAUGAAUAUUAAAACUUAUAAACUACUUACUCUUUUAGAUAUAGUGCAUGUACUGUAGAUUUUUUUUAAACAUCUACAAGGUAGUGUAUUCGUGGACUACUUACUACAAAAGAUACUUUUUUGUGCAUGCUGGUACAUCAACCAUUUAGGAGUGAUUUGGGACUUUUUUUCUGUAAAGAUCAAAACUUUCAGAAGCUUUUCAUCAUUGAUGUUUUAUUAUUAUUGUUUGCUAAGAAUGCAACCAAUGUAAGGGAACUGAAAGAGUGAAGAGAAAAAUGUGUUAAUGGUUUUCUUAUUUAUCUACACAUACCCAGAUAGAAAUGCCAUGGUCUUUGACCCAUACUUGAUAACUUUUGUACCUAAUCAUUGGCAUGACCUUGUACAUUUUCAUAACCCCAUUUAUUUUUCAUAUGUAAUAUUUCACAGUGUCCUCUAGUCUCAUCUUAAAUAAAUAUUACUCAUGACAGAUAA